AUGACGGCGACCACAACGGGCACCACUGUCUCUCCUUCAACAUCCACUGAAACGUCUGCAGUGACAGCCUCCAGCCCCACUGCCCCAGGCCCCAGCAGCACAGUUAUCACAACCCACUCCAGCACAACGGAGACCAUAACGGGCACCAGUGUCUCUCCUUCAACGUCCAGUGAAACGUCUACAGUGACAGCCUCCAGCCCCACUGUCCCAGGCCCCAGCAGCACGGUUAUCACAACCCACUCCAGCACGACAGAGACCACAACGGGCAGCAGUGCCUCUCCCUCAGUGUCAAGUGAAACAUCUGCAGUGACAGCCUCCAGCCCCACUGCCCCAGGAACCAGCAGCACGGUUAUCACAACCCACUCCAGCACGACAGAGACCACAACGGGCACCAGUGUCUCUCCUUCAACGUCCAGUGAAACAUCUGCAGUGACAGCCUCCAGCCCCACUGCCCCAGGCCCCAGCAGCACAGUUAUCACAACUCACUCCAGCAUGACAGAGACCACAACGGGCAGCAGUGCCUCUCCCUCAAUGUCCACUGAAACAUCUGCAGUGACAGCCUCCAGCCCCACUGCCCCAGGAACCAGCAGCACAGUUAUCACAACCCACUCCAGCACGACGGAGAUCACAACGGGCACCAGUGUCUCUCCUUCAAUGUCCAGUGAAACGUCUGCAGUGACAGCCUCUAGCCCCACUGCCCCAGGAACCAGCAGCAUGGUUAUCACAACCCACUCAAGCACAACAGAAACCACAACGGGCUCCAGUGCCUCUCCCUCAGCAUCCAGUGAAACUUCUGCAGGGACAGCCUCCAGCCCCACUGCCCCAGGCCCCAGCAGCACAGGUGUCACAACCCACUCCAGCAUGACGGCGACCACAACGGGCACCACUGUCUCUCCUUCAACAUCCAGUGAAACAUCUGCAGUGACAGCCUCCAGCCCCACUGCCCCAGGCCCCAGCAGCACAGUUAUCACAACCCACUCCAGCACAAUGGAGACCAUAACGGGCACCAGUGUCUCUCCUUCAACAUCCAGUGAAACAUCUGCAGUGACAGCCUCCAGCCCCACUGCCUCAGGAACCAGCAGCACGGUUAUCACAACCCACUCCAGCACGAUGGAGACCACAACGGGCAGCAGUGCCUCUCCCUCAGUGUCAAGUGAAACAUCUGCAGUGACAGCCUCUAGCCCCACUGCCCCAGGAACCAGCAGCACGGUUAUCACAACCCACUCAAGCACAACAGAGACCACAACGGGCUCCAGUGCCUCUCCCUCAGCGUCCAGUGAAACAUCUGCAGUGACAGCCUCCAGCCCCACUGCCCCAGGAACCAGCAGCACAGUUAUCACAACCCACUCCAGCGCGACGGAGACCACAACGGGCACCAGUGUCUCUCCUUCAACAUCCGGCGAAACAUCUGCAGUGACAGCCUCCAGCCCCACUGCCCCAGGCCUCAGCAGCACAGUUAUCACAACUCACUCCAGCAAGACAGAGACCACAACGGGCAGCAGUGCUUCUCCCUCAGUGUCCAGUGAAACAUCUGCAGUGACAGCCUCCAGCCCCACUGCCCCAGGCCUCAGCAGCACAGUUAUCACAACUCACUCCAGCACGACAGAGACCACAACGGGCAGCAGUGCUUCUCCCUCAGUGUCCAGUGAAACAUCUGCAGUAACAGCCUCCAGCCCCACUGCCCCAGGCCCCAGCAGCACAGUUAUCACAACCCACUCCAGCACGACGGAGACCACAACGGGCUCCAGUGUCUCUCCCUCAGCGUCCAGUGAAACAUCUGCAGUGACAGCCUCCAGCCCUACUGCCCCAGGUCCCAGCAGCACAGGUGUCACAACCCACUCCAGCACGACAGAGACCACAACGGGCUCCAGUGUCUCCCCCUCAGUGUCCAGUGAAACCUCUACAGUGACAGCCUCCAGCUCCACUGCCCCAGGCCCCAGCAGCACAGUUAUCACCACAACGGGCUCCAGUGUCUCUCCCUCAGUGUCCAGUGAAACAUCUGCAGUGACAGCCUCCAGCCCCACUGCCCCAGGAACCAGCAGCACGGUUAUCACAACACACUCCAGCACGACUGAGACCACAACGGGCUCCAGUGUCUCUCCCUCAGCUUCCAGUGAAACCUCUACAGUGACAGCCUCCAGCCCCACUGCCACUAGUCCCAGUUCUACGGACAACUCCGACAACUCCAACAACGCCUACUCCUGCCCCGUCGACAACCACGACCCCUACGACAACAAGGACAAUCACUACUCCAACCACCCCAGGAGCAGCUCCUGGGCCCGGGAUGCUGGAGGAUCCUGCCAGAAUGAGGGUACAUGGAUUGGAGAUUCCUGCCAGUGUCCCAGUGGUUUCAGUGGGACUCAUUGUGAGUUUCCUGUGCCCAAUCAGUGCCAAAAUGGAGGCAACUGGAACGGAAGCCAUUGCAUCUGCCGCGUCCCUUAUUCCGGCCCCAAGUGUGAACGGGUUGAGGAAACGGUGGCAAUGGAGACACCACCAGAGAACGUCACCGCCAAAGUGGAGGUGACCGUGAAGAUCACAAGCCAAAAUUACACAGAGGAUCUUCAAGACACGGAAUCGGAGGCCUACAAGGAAUUUUCAAAAACUUUUGAAGAUUUCAUGGAAAAUAUUUACCAGGAAAUCAAGGAGUAUAAAGGUGUGAAGAUUAAAGCCCUAAGUGAAGGCAGCAUCAUGGUGGAAUACGAUGUCAUCUUGGAGAAAAUAUUCACCUCCGAAUUCAAGAAUGAUUUUGAGGUCCUCACCAAGGAAGUAGAGGAGAGGAUCGUAACUGCCACGCAAGGGAAGAAUGAGAACUGCUCUUCAACUUCCUUGUGCUUCAGUCCCGAGGCCACCCAGGUGAAGGAAACGACCUUUACUUAUGAUCCUGAAAAGGACUGCAAAGAGAAGGUCGGGAAAGAUUACGCCCCCUUCUACUCCAUCAUCUACGUGAACAACAAGCCCAAAUGCCUGAACAACUGCAGCAGCGAGUCGGCCUGGUUCGUUCAGUGCAACUGGGGGCAGUGCCGGCUGGAACGAAGCGGUCCCCGUUGCUUCUGUUUAACCACGGACACCCACUGGUACCAGGGUUCGCGCUGUGACCACAGCGUGAAGAAGAGCGUGGUGUACGGCGGGGUGGGAGCGGCCGGCGCCGUGCUCUUGGUGGUCAUCGCUCUCUUCUCCGUCUACACCAUCAGAGUCCAGAGGACCAGACGCAGGGAAAAGGACAGACAGGACAGGCACUUUCACAACGACAAGGAAAUAGCUCCAGGGGCCUUCAGCAACGAGGGAUUCGGGAUGUGGGAAGCUGAAGACUUGGACCAGGAUAUCUACAACUUCCAGUUGGCGCUGGGAAACAUCAACCCCGAGGAGAAGGGCUGGCUCCUAAAGCCGUCUUCUUCAUCCCUCUUUCCCUACGGCCCCCAGCCCCCAAAUACUUUCCCCGAUGAAUCUUCCCCCUCCCACACCCCCACACCCCUUCGUUUCGCACACUCCAAGCGACCGGCGCACAAGAUUUCCAACAAUGAGAAGCAGCCUAAAGCCAUCGGGAAAGCGGAGGAAAAGCAGAAGUGGUUCUUGUCACCGGAUGGACGUGAUGUGACAGGGAACGUUGACUGGACCUUGGAUUCUGCCCUCUCGCCCCUUCCCUCGGCCAAGGGUGAGGGCCUCAACUCCCUGGCAAGAGGCCUGCCGGGAUGGAAAUCCCUUCCGCUGCGGCCGGCCAUGCCAGGCAGUGGCCCAGGGCCCGGCGAGUGA